GAGCUUUCACCUUGAAUCUUCACGAUUUUGUUUAAAUUUUAAAAUUUGCGGUCGCACAAAGCGUUGGCGUUGUCUCCUGUUUGGCUCAGUAGUUAAAUAUUCGCUACUUCUUUAUCUUCUUUGCAUUGUGCUACUAGCUCAGUGUCCGCAAUGGAAAGCAAAGAUGUAGAUGCGAUUCAAGCCUCCAAAAUACCAAGUGACAUUGACUCCAUUGAUUCAACUGACAAAUCAAGCGAUCCACAGCCCAUGCUAGAACCUGCUGAAAUAUCAUCAACGCAGUCAUUGAAAGAAGAUAAUGUUGUUUCGUCUACGGUAGACGAAGAUAAAGAGGACGGGAAACGUUUGCCUGCCGAUGACUGCUCUGCACAAGACUUGGAGAAAGAUAACUUGACUCAGAGUGCAGACAAAUUAACAAGCUCUCUUGCAGUAUGGUUAAUUAAUAAUGAGGUUGACAACGAGUAAUUGACUUGAUAUACUGGAAGGAUAUUAAGAAGACAGCUAUUGUGUUUGGCAUUUUCUUAUUGAUUCUGUUAUUUCUGGCAUAUCACACGUUACUUAGUGUCAUUUCUUUCUUUGCAUUGUCUUUUCUCACCGUUUCUGCCCUGUAUCGCAUUGGUAUGACUGUAAUCAGUGCUUUGCAGAAAACUGACAGCAGGACAUCUUAUCAAUCAUUUAUUGAGAAGAACAUGACAAUCUCGCCAGAGAAGGCCAGAGGAAUAGGUGAAGCCAUUGGAAAUAAAAUGAACACUGUCUUGAUGAAAGUUUCAAAACUUUUUCUUGUUGAAGACACUAUGGCCUCCAUUAAGUUUGGGAUUUUUCUGUGGUUUCUAUCUUGUGUUGGAAAGUGGUUUGAUACAAUUACACUUUUCAUGAUUGGGACUGUUAUGCUUUUCUCAUUGCCAAGGCUCUAUGAAGACAACCAGAAACAAGUGGAUGAAAUCCUGCAUAAAGUAUCAGAAAAACUACACCAAUGUUUUAUAAUGGUGAAGACAAAGCUUGAGAGUCGUUUCUACCAGAAGGAGAAAACUACAUAAGAAAAAUUAAAAGACUGAUGAAGACAAAGCUUACGUGAGAUUCGUUUAUCUUACAAUAUUGUAUUUAUAUUUAUUAAGCGGGGCAACUUAAACUGGUCUUGAAAACUCUUACUAACUUGAAAAAUAUAAAAAAAUGCAAGACAAAA